GGGUAAGAGUAAUGAUAAUGUUAUUUGAAAUUCUCAUGGCAUUUAUAUUAAUAGAUUCUGUUAACUUUAUAUUUUUAAACUUGUAUUGUUAAGUUUUCUGGAAAUUCAAUAACGGCUACGCCCCUCGGCCACACCUCUCCCGAGUGGCAGCCGGUUUUUCAUUGUUCUGACACAAUUGUUCGUAGUUAAUGGGCACGGUAUUGUGUUUAUAUACCUUGGGCACGCUGUUUUGAGUCGUUAACAAUUAUAAGAUAUGCUGUAUUUACUUUAUGACAAUGAACGCUUUGCAAAAAAUACACAAACUUCCAGUUGCUUCCAAGGCAACUCUGUCUUUGCAUUGUCCGAAGCCUGAAGUCCGACAAUGAAGUCUGUAGAGGGUUCUACCAAAUGUGCUGAUGAUGCACCCAAGGAACUUCUGCACAAGCUGCAUGUAGAAUAUUUGGCAACAUAUUCAAGCAAUCCAAAACAUGCUAUGGAGAACACCAUCUCUGAGUACCUGCGUAUGAGCGGCGCCUACUGGACGCUGACCGGGCUGCGGCUGCUGGGUGCCGCCGACCGGCUGGACCGCUCCGAGCUGCUCCGGUUCAUCGGCCAGUGUCAGACGCCGGCCGGCGGGGUGGCCGGCUCCGUCGGACACGACCCGCACCUGCUCUACACCCUCAGCGCCGUGCAGAUCUGCUGCAUGUACGACGCGCUGGACACCCUGGACGUACCUCGCCUGGUGGAGUAUGUGGCCGGCCUACAGCGACCUGAUGGCAGCUUCCAGGGCGACGCCUGGGGAGAGGUGGACACCCGGUUCUCGUUCUGCGCCAUCGCCUGCCUCACACUGCUGAACCGUCUGGAUGCGAUCGACACGGCCGCCGCCGGCGAGUUCGUCCUGUCGUGCCACAACUGGGACGGCGGGUUCGGCUCUCGGCCGCGCUCGGAGAGCCACGCCGGCCAGAUGUACUGCUGUCUGGGCGCGCUCAGUCUGCUGGGCCGGCUCGGCGAGCUGGACGCCGACCGCACCGGCUGGUGGCUCUGUGAGCGCCAGCUGCCGGCCGGCGGCCUGAACGGACGGCCCGAGAAGCUGCCCGACGUGUGCUACUCGUGGUGGGUGCUCGCCUCGCUGUCCAUCCUCGGCCGCCUGCACUGGAUCGACGAGGAAAGCGUUACCAGGUUCAUCCUUGCCAGCCAGGACGGCGAGGACGGCGGCAUCUCGGACCGUCCCGGAGACGUGUGCGACCCGUUCCACACACUGUUCGGCCUGGCCGGCCUGUCGCUGCUCGGGGACCGCUCGCUGGCGCCCAUCGACCCCGUGCUCUGCAUGCCGACAGAGGCAGUGCGGGGACGCGGCGUGCGGCCGCAGAUACUCACACUGUGACGAGACUGGUGAUAUAUACUGCGAUUGUUAAUGUCACUGGCAAUCAUGUACCGAAGUAUGACGGCAACGGUGAUGAUGCAUACUGAGUGAUUACGUUAUUAGUGACUGGUGUGCGAUGUCAGUCACUAGUCGAAGCGGUAUGCUGAGAGUCUCACUGCCGCCUCUUAAGUCUGGAAUAUCGCGGGGCUGUCACUACCUCCCAUUCAGUCAGCCAGUUUAGGGCAUUUGUGAGCGUCACUUCACUGAUAGGGUUUUGUCGUAUUGUCGCCAGCCCAAAGGCGUUCGUGAUAUUGUGGCACGCCUUGGCAGCGUCACGUCUACCUAAGAUAUGUCGUAUACGUUUCAGCCAUUGUGUCAAUGAUUUGAUUCCAUCAGGUUAACUUUAAUAUGGUUCUUCGUAGCAUGUGUGUGGUCAUCUUGUGUAGGUCGAUGUCUAAAAACAGCUCCUGUGUGCUGUCGCUUACUGUGAUUUAUCGCCUGGGUACUGCAUAUUUAUUUUCCAUCCAUCGCUUAAGAGGUUUUUUUUAGCAUACUCUUAUACAAAUUGUAUUCACCCAAAAAUAAAUAGCACUGCACCGGUAACAGACGAAA